GGUGCCUGAAGAAGCCCGUUUCAAGGUGUGACGUCGCCGCGCCUCCGGGAAGCCUCGAUAAGCAAUGCAUACCACUGUCUACCCAGCCUUCCUGCGAUCACCUGAACAUUUCUGGAAAUCAAACAAAAUAAUUCUUCCAAAUCUGCCAAUCCGAUCGCACGCCGGCGAACUGGACCAGAUUGCAAUGGGCUCGACGGAGACACAGUGGCGUCAGGGCGAGCUCCCGCAGCUACAAGGCUGGGCAGAAAAAGGAAUGCUGACACAGCCAAAGAUGAUAAUCAGCAACAUGGAGCCUCAGGUGACAAAUGGGCCGACUGCCACAACAGCUAAUGGGCCCUCCAGUAACAGUCGAAGUUGUCCUUCGCCCAUGCAGACAAGUGGCCCCACCGAUGACAGCAAGACCAAUCUCAUUGUCAACUACCUGCCCCAGAACAUGACCCAGGAGGAGUUCCGAAGUCUCUUUGGCAGCAUCGGCGAAAUUGAGUCUUGUAAGCUUGUCCGGGACAAGAUCACAGGGCAAAGUUUGGGAUAUGGCUUUGUGAACUACAUCGAUCCAAAGGAUGCGGAGAAAGCCAUCAACACAUUAAAUGGACUCCGACUUCAAACCAAAACUAUUAAGGUGUCCUACGCAAGGCCUAGCUCAGCUUCCAUUCGUGAUGCAAACCUGUAUGUCAGUGGCCUCCCCAAGACAAUGACACAGAAGGAACUGGAGCAGCUCUUCUCCCAGUAUGGCCGCAUCAUCACAUCCCGCAUUCUGGUUGACCAGGUUACAGGCCCCUUAGGUGCCUCCCGGGGUGUUGGCUUCAUUCGCUUUGACAAGAGGAUAGAGGCCGAGGAAGCCAUCAAGGGACUGAACGGGCAAAAACCGUCUGGCGCUGCCGAGCCCAUCACUGUCAAGUUUGCAAACAACCCCAGCCAGAAAACCAGUCAGGCUCUCCUCUCCCAACUCUACCAGUCUCCAAAUCGACGUUACCCUGGACCCCUCCAUCAUCAAGCCCAGAGAUUCAGGCUGGACAACUUGCUUAAUAUGGCCUAUGGCGUAAAAAGGUUCUCUCCCAUCACAAUCGACAGCAUGACCAGUCUUGUGGGCAUGAACAUCCCAGGACACACUGGGACCGGCUGGUGCAUCUUCGUGUAUAACCUGUCACCAGAUUCGGACGAGAGUGUGCUCUGGCAGCUGUUUGGGCCCUUCGGCGCAGUGAAUAAUGUCAAGGUCAUCAGAGAUUUCAACACCAAUAAGUGCAAAGGCUUCGGCUUCGUUACCAUGACGAACUACGACGAGGCAGCCAUGGCCAUCGCCAGUCUGAAUGGCUACCGUCUCGGCGACAGAGUCCUCCAAGUCUCCUUCAAAACCAAUAAGACCCACAAAUCCUGAACAGCAAAUCCAAGCUGGAAAAAAAAAAAGAACUGGAAUGGCUUAUAUUCUUACUUUGGACCUAUAAGCCACUGUUGCCUAAGUAUUACAAAAACAAACAAGAAUUUGGAUGCCCUGUGAUGAAACAGGAGUUUUCUUCUUUUGGUUGUUUUUUUUUUUUCCUUUUGUUUGUUUGUUUGUGUUUGCUUUUCAUUUCCUUCUGUACUCCGUAGCAAACCAUUCCCCCCAGUUUCAAUGACAUGAAUGUUCUUUCCUGAGGUUUGUGUUUCGUUCUCGACUUUGUGGGGAUUUUCCAACCCUGACCGGCUGUCUUUAGAUUUCCACCUUUUUUGAAGGAGCGCUAAAGGGAGGCUCUUUUUAAAGUUAACCCUUCAUUCUAUCGCCCGUUUUUUCAUUUGGUCUGAUUUCGUGAUAUUACCCAUUUCUACGUAGAAGGGAUAACGUUUUCUUUAGUGGGGAUAUUUUUUUUUUUUUUUUAAUUAUUACUAUUACUACUAAUGAAUUACGUGUCUUUCCUCUCUAGUGGGGUUGGGGACGAAAAGAAGGGUGGGCUUGGGUUCAAGUUCCUGAUGACAUUGUGACGAUUUUAAAAACACUGUUGCCAAAGAGAAAAUCUCUUUGCUUGAAAAUGGGUUUCGAAAAUAGAUGAAUAAAUAAAAGAAUAAAAUAAAUCUAUUUUUAUAAAUAAGAAAAUAACUAUUGAAGAAUUUUUACAAGAUUCUGGAUUUGAAAAAAAAAAGAAAAAAUAUUUUGACUGGCUAAUUUAGGGGAAAAAAAAUGCCAACUUGUGUUGUUCAUUCUGCAGUGGUACUUUUUAGGAUCAAGGUUGCGUGUUUUUGGAAAAUCGGAUUGUCGUUUGUUUUGUAGACGGAAGGUUUUAUCAAGUGAAAACUAAUCCAGGAAAAAGUGAUCUUAGUAAUUUUUCAUAGCAUAUAAUUUAAAAAAAAAAGAGAAAAAAAAUAUACUAAUAAUAAUAGUGGGAAAAGGGAGAGGGGGCUUCCUAUGCCAAGCAGUUCCCCGGAGUCCAGAACCCUAAAGCAAGGAAAUGCGUUGUCAGCUGAUUUUCUUUCCGUCAUCAGUAUAUGGGACAUCAGUAAUAAGAAAUAUCUAAAUUUCAAUUUUUAGUUGUUUUUUUUCUUUUUGCGUUUUGAUUCAUUAAACUAAACGAACUUCCUUAGUUAUCAGCGGUAGGUGCUAUCUAAUAUGAUUUACAUAUCUUAAAUAUGCGAGUUUGUUGUUCUAUGUGUUGUUUAAAGAUAUUUCGAUGUAUGCAUUCUAUUGAGCUGCUGUUUUCAGUUCCUGUUUUGCCUUGCUGCCCACCGGCGUUGCCCCCCGUCAAGCGGCGAUGUCCGAAUGGGUCUGUUAGUAUCCCUUAACGAGUUUUCUUUGGCUUGCUGAGUUUUAGUUUUUUUUUUUUUUUUAAAAAGCGCUGAUUGUGAUGCAUUUGGUCAGAAUUCAAAUAAUUAGCUAGUUUCGUUAGUCACGGUAUUUGUUUCCUCAGAAAAGAAGAAGAAAAAAAAAAGCUAUUAGACAAAGUGCAGCUGUGUCUCUUAUUUGUUGUGUAAUUAAAAAAAAAAAAAGAUAUAAAUAUAUAUAUAUAAAUAUAUAUAGUCUAAUUUUUUUAUUCUAUAUUUAAAUAAAUUGUCAAUGGUUUUCUGUUUUAGCUUGUCUUUUCAUAUGACAACUUUAAAAAGUGAUUAAGUUACUUAGAAAACUCGUGAAGAAAACCUGUUUACUUGUCGUCACGUUGCUUGUGAAAAUUUUUUUGGGUUUCAAAAAUUUUUUCUGAACUGCCGCAAAAGAAGACCGAACAAAGCUUAGAAUCUUGUUUAUUUAUUUCUCAAUUAAUUACCUUAUUUAUUUAUUUAUUUAUUUGUAUUUAUUUCUUUGUAUAUUUAUUUAUUCACUUCCGUAUUUUUACGUUGUUGGUGUUUUUUGCGUGAUUCUGGUAUGGGGGGGAUGUUUAUGAGCUAAAGGGAACAAAACGACUUGGGGGGAGGGGGAGGCUCUCCCUUUAGUCCAGUGCACUGAAACCUUUUAGUACGUAUGUGCUUUGUACCAAUAUAACAAAAGACUCAAAUAUUUAAAGAAUAAAGAAAUCAAAUCGAGAGGGUUGGUGAUGCUCUUCCCUGAUUACUAGAAACAGUUACUCGCUAUGCAUAACCUAGUUGAUAGUUGAAUUUGCUAUUGCUUUUUUCUUGUCUUGUUAAGGAAAACCUUUAAAUCUUUUUCAAUAAAUUUUAGUCUUAAUAGAAUGUUAA